GAGAUCGCGGCUGGCCAAGUGAGGAGGGGAGCCACGCCGCGGCCUUUCGUCCUUGCGCGGGCAUCCAACAAACUCCACUCCCACUCAUCCCAGCCUCAGUGUGGCCAUCAGCUGCGGCUAGAUACCCUCCUGGGGAUUCCUUCCCUGCUAUCAAGGUGGGGAGACGGAGAGCUAGGCAGCAUCCCAGUAUCACUGGGCGAAGUGGGCAAAGCCAGGCUCUGUCCCCGGUGGCUGAUAUUCCGGACAGAGAACUGUGCAGACAAGUGGAAGACAGGCCACACGCACCUCCUCUGGUUCGAGGACUAGCCCAGUUAGUAACCUGCUGUGUGGUCUUGAAGUCCCCACUCCUCUCCAGCUCUAGGAGAUGGAACAUUACCACCAAUGUCUCAGAGUAGCUCUUACCAAGUGUGUGAAAUAGUCACCAAGUUUAAAAGAAGCUGUCAAACUGCAAAGUGCCUUGCACAUGCCAAGGGCCAUCUCCGUCUCUGUUCUGAUCCUGUCCCUCACUCCAGCCCCAGAAGCUUGGUCUCAGAACCUUCCAUGCCUAGAGGUUUCAAGCCUGCAGGCCCUGCAUCUCCCCAGGUGACCACGACGACGGCCUCAGGUCAUGCACGGACACAACCGAAACGGGCAGGCCCACGUGCCCAGGCGGAAACGCCGCAACCGCUUCGUCAAGAAGAACGGCCAGUGUAACGUCUACUUCGCCAACCUGAGCAACAAGUCCCAGCGCUACAUGGCAGACAUCUUCACCACCUGCGUGGACACGCGCUGGCGCUAUAUGCUCAUGAUCUUCUCCGCGGCCUUCCUCGUUUCCUGGCUCUUCUUCGGCCUCCUCUUCUGGUGCAUUGCUUUCUUCCAUGGUGACCUGGAGGCCAGUCCCUCAGUGCCCGCGGCAGGAGGCCCGGGGGGCAAUGGCGGGGCAAGCCCGACCGCCCCCAAACCCUGUAUCAUGCAUGUAAAUGGCUUUUUGGGGGCCUUCCUCUUCUCAGUGGAGACCCAGACGACCAUUGGCUACGGGUUCCGGUGUGUGACAGAGGAGUGCCCAUUGGCGGUCAUUGCGGUGGUUGUCCAGUCCAUUGUGGGCUGUGUCAUCGACUCCUUCAUGAUUGGCACGAUCAUGGCCAAGAUGGCACGGCCCAAGAAGCGGGCACAGACCCUGCUGUUCAGCCACCAUGCUGUCAUCUCCGUUCGAGACGGCAAGCUCUGCCUGAUGUGGCGCGUGGGUAACCUGCGCAAGAGUCACAUUGUGGAGGCCCACGUCCGGGCCCAACUCAUCAAACCCUACAUGACACAGGAGGGUGAGUACCUGCCACUGGACCAGCGGGACCUCAACGUGGGCUAUGACAUCGGCCUGGACCGCAUCUUCUUGGUGUCACCCAUCAUAAUAGUGCAUGAAAUCGACGAGGACAGCCCACUCUACGGCAUGGGCAAGGAGGAGCUGGAGUCAGAGGACUUUGAGAUUGUGGUCAUCCUGGAGGGUAUGGUGGAGGCUACGGCUAUGACCACGCAGGCCCGCAGCUCCUACCUGGCCAGUGAGAUCCUGUGGGGUCACCGGUUCGAGCCUGUGGUCUUCGAGGAGAAGAGUCACUACAAGGUGGACUACUCGCGAUUCCACAAGACCUAUGAGGUGGCCGGCACGCCUUGCUGCUCCGCCCGUGAGCUGCAGGAGAGCAAGAUCACGGUGCUGCCUGCCCCACCGCCCCCUCCCAGUGCCUUCUGCUAUGAGAAUGAGCUGGCCCUUAUGAGCCAGGAGGAAGAGGAGAUGGAAGAGGAGGCUGCGGCCGCAGCAGCCGUGGCUGCAGGCCUGGGCCUGGAGGCAGGUUCCAAAGAGGAGGCAGGCAUUAUCCGGAUGCUUGAGUUUGGUAGCCACCUGGAUCUGGAGCGCAUGCAAGCCGCCACCCUUCCACUGGACAAUAUUUCCUAUCGCAGGGAGUCUGCCAUCUGACCUCCAGGCCCUGCCCUCCUCUAUUCCCGCAAGAGCCUCUGCCAGGGGUGGGACACCUAGACAAGCCUUCCACUCUUAGGACAGAGUUGAACGUGGCUCUGUGGACCUAGAGGAAGGUGGGGGCUUCAAAGACUGGGAGAUCCCUUCCUGUUGACUGCAGGGCCCAGGACUGGGAAGGACCCAGGUACUCCGCCCUGAUGGCCCAGGGCCCCCUGACAUCUCCCCACGGUGGCUCUGGGCCCCCAGAUCUUCCACCCUUUUCCCACUGACCCUUCAAGGAUGUACCCCUUCUGCUCUCAGGACCUCGGGGAAGGCGGCUGGACUGCUGGGGGGCGGGCAUCAUGGGGUUCUGGGUGGGCAGGGUGGGUCUGGGGGGAGGGGGAAGGGUGUGUUUCUUUUGCAUGACUGUGGUCUGUGCUCUUGAUUCUCUUUUGUAAAUAUCUAUAAAUGGAAGAGAUGGAGACACAAGUCCACCUCUGCCCAUUUCUACCUGUGAGACAGAGAGAGGCUGCCAACCUCUCUCUGUGCACCCCCCAGUCCAGCCUCAGCCCGACCCAGCUGGCUGGUCCCUUGAGACCUUUGAAGCCGGCUCUGUAUGGUGUUGGGUUUGGGUACAGAGGGGACUCAGAGGUAGGAUGAGAACCCCUCCCUCCUUGCAGUCCCUCCAGUUUCCAGAUUGAUGACGGCGUUUGUAACUAUUUUUAAUAAAGCAUAUGGUCCACUA